AUGCCCAAUCUGCCACUACCAUCAAGAUCACCAUUGCUCGGUGGACGCAAACCCAUGCGCGACGCUAGCCCAGCACCAGUCACACCUACCCGCACAAGCUCCGCAUCCCCACUUCCACCAUCCUCCCCCAGUUCAUCAAGGUCAUCAGCAUCAACACCAAUAGCCGGUCCAAGCAAGCUCAACCGAUCACCAAACAAAUCAAGUGCGUCCGGCAAAGAGCUCUCAGAACAGUAUGAGCUCCUCGAGAAGAUCGGCGCCGGCUCCUUCGGCAUCGUCUACAAGGCCAUGCACAAGGAGUCUCGUCAGAUUGUAGCCAUCAAGCAGGUCGACCUCGAAGACUCGGACGAUGACAUCAGCGAGAUUCAGCAGGAGAUCGCACAUCUGGCUCAAUGCGACAGCGAAUGGGUGACACGCUACUAUGGCAGUUUCGUCAAAGGCUACAAGCUGUGGAUCAUCAUGGAGUUCCUCGCAGGUGGGUCCUGUCUUGACCUGCUCAAGGCUGGUCCCUUCUCCGAAGCUCACAUUGCUAUCAUCUGUCGCGAGCUCCUCCUCGGUCUCGAGUAUCUUCAUAACGAGGGCAAGAUCCAUCGUGACAUCAAGGCCGCCAACGUGUUGCUGUCCGCAAGCGGUAGGGUCAAGCUGGCCGAUUUCGGCGUUGCCGCUCAGCUUUCCAAUAACAAGUCCAGACGCAACACAUUUGUCGGCACACCGUUCUGGAUGGCGCCCGAGGUGAUUCGCCAAGCGGGCUACGACUACAAGGCAGACAUCUGGUCGCUAGGCAUCACCGCCAUCGAGAUGGCCAAGGGUGAGCCACCGCUUGCCGAGUAUCAUCCCAUGCGCGUCCUCUUCCUCAUUCCCAAAGCCAAGAGCCCGACACUCGAGGGCAACUUCUCCUCGGCCUUCAAGGACUUUGUUGACCUCUGCCUCAUCAAGGACCCCAAGCACCGUCCUUCCACCAAGGAGCUCCUCUCGCAUCGCUUCAUCAAGUACGCCAAGAAGACCGUCCUCCUCACCGAGCUCAUCGAGAAGCACCAGGAGUACAAGUCACGGGGCGCUACAAGGGGCGGAGCCAUCGUUCGCGACCACCUGCGCGGCGUCGAUGCCUCCAUCUCCACCAUUGGCGGCAGCAGCAUCAUGAGCGAGUGGCAGUUUGACACGAUGCGCUCCCGCAUGUCAGGCUACGACGAUCCGGACGGAGACGACGACGAGUUGGGCGACGCUCUCGACGUGUGGGCCAAGCCUGGUCGCGGUCCACCUGCAACGAACGAGGAGCGUGCCGGCUACGAUACGGUACGCGGAGGCCGUCCCGCAGGACAGCUCAUGGAGGCGGUGGACAGUGCGAUGCACACCCCGCGACGCAACGGCACCCUUCGGGCCAACUACGCUGCCACCGGAGGCGAUCAGGACGACGUCUCGGACCUUUCGACCGAGGCCUACACCAGUAGCGAUGCUCUGAGCCGAUCUUCCAGCACACCAGCCACGUCGAACGCGUCCGAGCCCUCGACACCAGCCGAAAAGAAUCGCAACUCGAUUCACGUCGACGCGCUCGCCGCCACCUUCCGCGGGAUGCAGACGUCAGAUGCUCCCGACCGCUACGUCGCCAGUGGCAUUGGACGAAACGCAGGCGCCACAUCGUCCUCCUCCCACCUCGCACCUCCCUCCGUCAGUGGUCUCGCCGAGAGCAGCGUUGACGGCGCCACAGCGGCGGCCAUCAUGGCCCAAGCCCAAGCCGGUUCCACCGCCACACUUCACAUCCGCUGCGCUCGCGAUGGCAAAGCCUCUCCCAGUCACAGUCGCAACAACUCUGCAACCUCCUCUGCUCGCUCCACGGAAACCCGUGCGCGACGAAGCAGCUUCAACGAGCGCCACGACAUCAACGGUACGAUCCUCAAGCCCGGUGAUGUGGCCAAUGGGCACGAGACGCUUCGACCUGUGCGACGGCUUGAUGUGGGCGGUUCUGCUCAGGCGAGCGAGGCAUUUAUUGGGAGCUUGCGCAGUGGCUCUGCGCCCAACGGCCUCGACAGAACGACUCCUGGAGAUCGACAGCUGCGACACUCGCGUUCGGCCCUUGCUUCCACCAGCAGCACGGGCAAGGCGCACGCGAGUGCAGGCGAAAACCUCGUCCGCGACGUCAUCCUGCCCGUUCUCGAUCGUGCUAAGGCCCAACCCCUCGAUGCAGCCACCACAGAGGCGAUCAACAUGAUCUCCCGUGGCUUCACCGAUCUCUCGACGCUCAACAGCCAGUUGGCCUACUCGACGAUUGUGGACUUGCUGCUGAGCAUGAACGACAAUGCGCAGGCGAGGGAGAACCUGUCGACUACCUUCCGGCAGAGGUUGACGGGGGAGCAGAUGGCCAAGUUGAAAGCUACGCCAAAGGAGGAGGAGAGCAGAAGCCCGAUCGCGGACUUGUUGUAUGGACGGUGGUUGGAAGGGUUGAGGAGCAGAUGGGGGUAUUAG